AUGAAUGAAAGUGAACUGAGGAAGCUGUUAACUACGAAAAAUGGGUGCCGGAUACCGCAAAUGUUGCCAAUACCAGAUGUACAUAGGAUGGAUAAACUGCCCUUUGAUCCAACGCCACCAUAUAAUAGGAAUAAGGACAAGCGUGCGCAAUUUCGAAAAAUAUUGGAAGAGAAAGCGGCUGUGAGAAAAAUAAAAAUAGCACGACCACCGUGUAUCUUACGAGAGAUUGACCAACUUGAAAUAUCUCAAGAUCGACACAUUACCGUUCUAAAAGAAUGUGCCAACAAAAUUCAACCACCACCGAUGUUAAAAUCGUGGGAACAGAAAAUAAUCGCUUUGAUACCUGCUAAGCUAAGAAACUCAUUUCCGUCCAUAACAGAAGAACUUAUCGAAGAGAGUAAAGAGGCGUGGAAUAUGUAUUUGCAUGAGUUAGCUGUGAAAACGGUAAUCCGAGAUGUUCCUGGAGUAUCGAGGAAGAGAUAUGUAGAGCCUCCCUUUAAAUUUAGUGGUGUCACAAAAAAUUUUGAUAAGAUGGUCAGGUACCGAAAGAAGCUACAGGAUGGAUCUCUUAUACUUCACCCAUUUAUACGGCUUGUGUUAGAAUCGUCUGAGAAAAAGUUCCCACCGUGCAUCAUCAAUUUAUCAAAAUAUCGUGCAUUGGGCCCUAUGACUAUGGAAGAGUUCCAUGCGAAAGUGUUGGAAGAUAUAAAACGAGCUGAUUACCUAGUGUCCAGUACAUGGUAUGGCAUCCUUGUCAACUGGUUAAAAAACCCACGUUGCUUAAGAGGGAUGCGGCCAAAACGUAUUCCAGAGUUUGUGAAAUGUGCCACAAAAAUGAUUUCAAUGCAAAUUCAAGAACUUAUGCGCAGAUCCAUUGAUGCUAUUAUUGAUGCUCUAAAAGAUGCUGCAUCAGUACCAUUACUAAGUAUUGAACUUGAUUUUGAUGGUGAAUUUUUUUACGAUCCAUCUCCUGAAACAAUUUGUAACACAUAUCACAACAUUCUUGACGCGAUAUCAAACAUAUCCCAACGAUUAAUGCCUGUAGAGCAAUACCUUAAAAUUCCAUACAACUAUGACGCAUUGCCUGUUCAAUAUAAUGAAUGGCUACGUAAAGAUGGACAUACAAGGAUCCAAAGAGAAUUGGAUAAUGUUUUCCUGCCUCUGAAUGAGUACUUAGAAAAAUUAAGAUUAGAAUACAGUAUGCUGUAUGGUCAACCAGCAAAAGAGGAUCUAUUGAAAUUUAUUAGGAAAGCUAAAGAAUUUGAAGAAUCACGAGAUAAGAUAAAAUAUUUUCAAGGAAUUGAUUCUGAAAUAACAGCUAUUCUCGAGAAUGAAUAUUUUAAUUGUAGUGUCGUUUGCCAAUUGCGAAUGGUCGAUGGUUUAAAACUAAAGGCGUUGGAGUUUAUAAAUGAUAUUAUAGACGGCAUUAUCAAAUCGCACAUGGACGAAAAUGAUAGCAUUUGUGGAGAGUUUGAAGUUAUUGCUGCAAAAGCUUUAAAAAUACCUGAAAAUGCAGCUGAAUUGGUUGAACAAGGCGCUUAUAUGCUACACGCAAAAAGUGUUUUAGUUGAAGCUUUAAAAGAAAGAAUUCUCAGACAACUUAAUAUAAUAUCUAACCUUUUGGAAAUGACAUCACUCACCCCAGAACACGUGGCAUCAAAUACUAGAACGGUAAAUUGGUUAACUGACAUUAAACCAAUUUUUGAGAAAAAUGCAACAGCUUUCGAAUCAUUCAAAGCAGAAAUGGAAGAUAAUUUGCAGGCUAAGAUUGCAUAUUUAAACAAAGAAACGUUGGAAAUGAUUCCUUAUUUGGAAAAAUUGGACAACAUGGAUGAUGUAAAUCAUACUUUUGAAUAUUUAGAACAUUUGCGCAAGCUUGUACAUAGAUUAGCUGAAUGUGACAAGCUAGUUGCAUGGAUUAAUGCCGAAGAAACAACUUUUAAAUUUCCUCUUACCCAAUAUCCUGAUUUGGAGGAGCUCAAAGAUUUUGUGAUUCCAUUUUACAGUCUCGUUCAUUUAGUUCAUAGGUGGAAAAGAAGUUAUUAUACCUGGAUGGAUGGUGUAUUUGAAUAUCUAGACCAUAACCAAAUUGAACAAGAUCAUGAUUUUUACUAUAAAGAAUUUUUGAGGCUGACAAAAGUAUAUAGAACGAAAAUAAAACAACAAAUAGCGGAGGGACAGGAAAAACGUUUUGCAGGACUAGUAGAUGAUCCUGAUAUGAAUAAUUUACCAGCUCCCAUGAAACUAUGUGCUCAGGCUAUAGCUGAACUUAAAGAAUGGCGGCCUAAUGUUCAAAUGGGACAUAUAAUGUGCAACCCUGCUCUAGUACAAAGGCAUUGGGAUGAAAUGUCAUCCAUUGCAGGCUUUGAUCUAACUCCAACUGCAGGAACGACAUUACGAAAAAUAAUUAACUACAAUCUUUGGGGCGACAUAGACCAAUAUGAAAUUGUCAGUGUUGCAGCAACUAAAGAAUUAGCACUUAUAACUAACUUAAAUAAGAUGAUAGCAGAGUGGACCGAUAUAUGUUUUAAAACAUCACCGUACAAAGACACUGGAAUUUUUAUUCUUUCCGGUCUAGAUGAUGUUCAAAGUGUUUUAGAUGACCAUAUUGUAAAAACUAUAGGCAUGAGAGGAUCUGCUUUUGUAAAACCGUUUGAACAACAAGUAAGAACUUGGUACGAAAAAAUUGUUAGAGUGAAUGCAACUAUUGAUGAGUGGGGAAAAGUUCAAAGCCAGUGGCUUUAUUUGUUGCCAAUAUUUUCAUCUAAAGACAUUGUUGCACAAAUGCAGGAGGAAGGUGUAAUGUUUGCGGAGGUAAAUAAUAUUUACAGAAGGUGUAUGGGCACUGUAGAUAAAGAUCCUCAUGUUUUAGAAGUUGCGGGUGCUGUAGGUGUCUUAGAAUCUUUUUUAAUAGCUUCGGACUUUCUCGAAAAAAUUAAUGAAGGUGUUAAUAAUUAUUUAGAAAAGAAACGCUUAUAUUUUCCGCGAUUCUUUUUCUUAUCUAAUGAUGAAAUGUUGGAAAUACUCUCUGAAACAAAGAAUCCAUUAAAAGUUCAACCUCAUUUAAAGAAAUGUUUUGAAGGUAUUAAUAGGCUUGUAUUUGAUGUAGAUUUUAAUAUAUCUGCAAUGAUAUCAAUGGAAACUGAACAAGUAGAGUUCCUUGAAACAAUAAGUGUGGCAGCCGCAAGAGGUUCAGUUGAAAAAUGGUUAGUCCAAGUUGAAGAGCAAAUGCUGAAGGCUGUAAAGACAGAGACAGAAUUAUCUUAUUACGAUUAUCCAAAUAUUGGGCGUGUGGAGUGGAUCUUGUCUUGGGAAGGGAUGGUGGUUUUAGCUAUAUCUCAAAUAUACUGGGCAAUAGAUGUUCAUGAAUGUUUACAAACUCACAAAAUAAGCGAAUUGAAAGAUUUUCACGUCAGUUUAACAAAACAAUUAAAUGAAACUGUCGCUGUUAUACGAAGAACAGACUUAACCAAACUCAACAGUAUAACUGUAAAAGCGCUUAUUGUGAUCGAUGUACAUGCAAAAGAUGUAAUUUUUGAACUAAUUGGUAAAGAUGUUACAGAGGUUACUGAUUUUCAGUGGCUGGCACAGCUAAGAUAUUAUUGGGAAGAAGAAAGAGUUUUUGUGAAGAUAAUUAAUGCUGUUGUGGAUUAUGCCUAUGAAUAUCUCGGAAAUUCCGAUAGAUUAGUAAUAACGCCAUUAACAGAUCGAUGUUAUCGCACGUUAAUAGGCGCAUACUAUCUGCACUUAAACGGUGCCCCCGAAGGCCCAGCUGGUACUGGUAAAACGGAAACAACUAAAGACUUGGCAAAGGCGCUUGCAGUUCAGUGUGUUGUCUUUAAUUGUUCUGAUGGUUUGGACUAUAAAGCUAUGGGGAAAUUUUUUAAGGGUCUAGCUUCUUGUGGAGCCUGGGUAUGCUUUGAUGAAUUUAACAGAAUUGAAGUGGAGGUUCUAUCUGUUAUCGCGCAACAAAUUUUAUGUAUUGUGCAAGCAGUGAGACAACAUGUGGAAACUUUUGAUUUUGAAGGUACUGUUUUGACUUUGAAUCCAGCUUGUUACGUUUGUAUUACAAUGAAUCCUGGAUACGCAGGACGUUCGGAGCUGCCUGAUAAUUUAAAAGUAUUAUUUCGUACAGUGGCGAUGAUGGUUCCCGAUUAUGCUAUGAUUGGUGAAAUAUCGUUAUACUCCUUCGGCUUCAUUGAUGCCCGAAAUUUGUCUGUAAAAAUUGUAACAACUUACAGGCUAUGCUCAGAACAGUUGUCAUCUCAAAAUCACUACGACUAUGGUAUGAGAGCUGUUAAGACAGUUUUAUCUGCAGCAGGUAACUUAAAAAGAAGUUUUCCUAACGAAAGUGAAAGUAUUUUAUUGUUAAGGUCAAUUACUGAUGUAAAUUUGCCAAAGUUCUUAUCUUUUGAUGUACCUCUUUUCGAAGGCAUUAUAACUGAUUUAUUCCCAGGAAUAACGUUACCAAAGCCAGAUUAUGAAAAUUUUUUGAACGCUUGUACGGACGCAUGUGAGUCCAAUAAUUUACAACCAAUGGAAUGCUUUUUAAUAAAAGUAAUCCAAACAUACGAAAUGAUGAUUGUAAGACAUGGUUUUAUGCUAGUGGGUGACCCCUUUUCUGGUAAAUCAAUGACACUUAAAAUAUUAUCUGAAGCAUUAACAUUAAUGGAACAUAGAAAUCAACCAGGAGGAUGUGAAUGUACCUAUAAGGUCUUAAAUCCAAAAGCAGUGACAAUGGGCCAGCUGUAUGGAGCUUUUGAUCCAAUAUCUUAUGAAUGGACUGAUGGUAUUGUAGCAACUAUAUUUAGGGAAUUUGCGGCCGAAGAUACUCCGAUUCGAAAAUGGAUCGUGUUUGAUGGCCCAGUAGACGCUGUCUGGAUUGAAAAUAUGAAUACAGUCCUAGAUGACAACAAGAAGCUAUGUCUUACUUCUGGAGAAGUUAUGGCUAUGACGAAUGUUAUGUCCAUGCUUUUUGAAGUAAUGGAUCUAUCGCAAGCUUCUCCUGCUACCGUGUCACGAUGUGGAAUGAUUUAUAUGGAGUCAUCGUCUCUUGGUUUUAUGCCAUUUUAUAAAUCUUGGGUAAAUACGAUUAAUCCUCUAUGGUUGGAAGAAAAUGAGGAUUUUAUAUAUGGGCUCUGUGAAUGGCUCUUUGAUCCUUUAAUAUAUUUUGUUAGAAAAAAUUGCGUUCAACUUGUCACUGGAGGUGAAGUUAACUUAGUGAUAAGCUCACUUCGGCUGGUAGAAAUGUUAAUGGAGAAUGCUCUCGAAGGAGAGGAAGAUACAAAAUACAUUAGGACAUGGGUUCUAGCAUCAUUUAUGACAGCCAUGGUGUGGGGUGUUGGUGGAAUACUAAAUACAGAUUCUCGUGAAAAAUUCGACGACUUAGUUAAAGAGUACUUUCGAGGUGAGCUGGGAGUUCCAGCAGCUAUAGACAGAAUUGAUGUUUCAAUACCAACUGAUGGGAUGAUAAUUGAUCAUUAUUAUAUGUACAAAGGUAAAGGUUGUUGGAAACCAUGGCCUGACGCCGUCAAAGCGGCCGUAGUCAAGGAACAAAUUAAUUUACUUCAGACAGUAAUUCCCACACUGGAAACUGAAAAAUAUAUUUUCUUGUUAAAACUGCAUACAAAGUUUUCACAACCAUUGAUGCUUAUUGGUCCAACAGGCACAGGAAAAAGUUUUUAUGUUCAGAACUUUUUAAUGAAUAGCAUCGACAUGGAAAAAUAUACACCUGGGUUUAUAACAUUUACAACAACAACAUCUGCAAAUCAAACUCAAGAUUUAAUUUUAUCAAAACUUGUGAAAAGAAGGAAAAAUAACUACGGACCUACCAAAGGAAAACAAGCAAUAAUAUUUAUAGAUGAUAUGAAUAUGCCUGCAAAAGAAGUAUAUGGUGCUCAACCAGCCAUUGAAUUAUUAAGGUUAUAUUUCGAUCAAAAACAUUGGUAUGAUUUAAAAACUACGGAUAAGUUGUAUAUUUAUGAUACCUUUUUUUACGGGGCCAUUGGGCCCGUCGGUGGUAGCAGGCAAUUAAUUUACCCGCGCAUGCUAAGGCACUACAAUAUAUAUUCAAUUAACGAGUUUUCAAAAGAAUCUAUGUCUAAAAUCUUUACAUCACUUUUACAACUUGGAUGGAGACGAAAUGGUUUCGGACAAGAUACCCAACCAGUUAUUGUUAAUAUUAUCACGGCAACCAUGGAAAUUUACGAACAAUCAACUUCAGGCCUACGACCUACGCCAGCCAAGUCUCAUUAUAUUUUUAAUUUACGAGAUUUUUCCAGAGUCAUACAAGGUUGCGCUCUACUUAGAAAAGAAUCUGCGGACAAUAAAAAAACUUUUACAAGGCUUUGGGUACACGAAAUAAUGAGAGUAUUCUAUGACAGACUUGUAGAUGAAAACGACCGCAAUUGGUUCUUUGAUAUGCUUAAAAGAUGUACGAAAGAUUGUAUGAGAGAUACAUUUGAAUCUGCUUUAGAUACGUAUCAAGAUGAAAGAGGUGAAGUAACUCAAGAAAACAUUAAACAAAUGAUGUUCGGUUGUUAUUUAGAUACAGAUAGCGUUGAGGGUGAACGGAAAUACGAAGAAAUGCCUUCGAUGGAAGUUGUUUUAAAUGUUGCCAUUGCAAUGUUGGCGGAGUAUAAUACAAUGCAUAAAGCCAAAAUGAAUAUUGUGUUAUUCGAUUAUGCGCUAGUACAUUUGUCUAAAAUUUGCCGAUUGCUCUCAAUGCCUUCAGGGAAUGCUUUGCUUGUUGGUGUCGGUGGAUCAGGCCGCCAAUCUUUAACAAAACUGGCUAGUACGAUCUUGGGGCAACAGACAUUCCAACCAGAAAUAACUAAAUCUUAUAGUGUCAAAGAUUGGCAUGACGAUAUUAAAUUAGUAUUGCGAGAGUCUGGAGGGUUAAAUAAGGAUACCACUUUCCUUUUUACUGAGAGUCAAAUCAAGGAAGAGGUAUUUAUUCAAAACUUAGAUAGUUUGUUAAAUUCAGGAGAAGUACCCAAUUUAUAUGGAUUGGAUGAGAAACAAGAAAUACUUGAACUGGUCAGACUUGCUGCCCAGGGUGGUAAUAGAAAUUUAGAUAUUAGUCCUCUCCAAAUAUUAUCUUUUUUUGUUGGGAGAUGCAAGGCAAAAUUACAUAUUGUUUUGGGCUUCAGUCCUAUAGGCAGUGCUUUUAGAACUCGUUUAAGAUUAUAUCCAUCACUUGUAAAUUGCUGUACUAUUGACUGGUUCGAUAGCUGGCCCGAAGAAGCGUUAGAAAUGGUAGCAAAUCAUUAUAUGGUAAAAGUCAACGUACCCGACUCUGUUAAAAGUUCUGCAGUUAUUGCUUGUAAACAGUUCCAUGUGGAUGCACGUAUAGUAUCAUUAGACUUUUUUAAUCAAUAUGGAAGGAAGACAUAUAUAACAUCCGCAUCCUACUUAAAUUUAAUAAAAUCAUUUACAACGCUUACAAACAGAAAGCAAAGAGAAUUACGUGCAGGAAAAUUGAGGUAUACAAAUGGUUUAGAUAAACUAAUGCAGGCUGCUGAUGCUGUUGCAAUAAUGCAACGUGAUCUGAAUGCCUUGAAGCCGCAGCUUAUAGUCAUGGCAGCUAAAUCAACUAAAAUGAUGGAAGAGAUAGCAAAAGAAACAGCUAUAGCUGAUAAAGCGGCAGCACAAGUACGGGAAGAUCAGAAAGUUGCUAAUGUUCAGGCAGCUGCUGCACAAGAGCUAAAGAAAGAUUGUGAAGCUGAUUUAGCGUUAGCUUUACCUAUUUUGGAGGAUGCUAUCGCUGCGCUGAACACUUUAAAACCAGCUGAUAUUACUAUUGUCAAAUCUAUGAAGAACCCUCCUGCAACCGUUAAGUUAGUUAUGGCUGCUGUAUGUGUGAUGAAAGGAAUACCCCCCGAUAAAAUACCUGAUCCCGAUAAUCCAGGGAAGAAAAUGUUUGAUUUCUGGGGCCCCAGUAAAAGACUUCUAGGAGAUAUGGGAUUCCUAGAUUCCUUGAGAAAUUUUGAUAAAGAUAAUAUACCUGUUGCAACAAUGCAAAAAAUUAGAAAGGAAUAUUUAUCAAACAAAGAUUUUAAGCCUCACAUUAUUGCUAAAGCGUCGACAGCAGCCGAGGGUCUUUGUAAAUGGAUUAUUGCAAUGGAUAUGUAUGAUGCAGUUGCAAAAGUGGUUGCACCCAAAAAGGCAAAAUUAGAGGCAGCAGAAAGAGAAUUUGCCCAAACAAUGGCCAUCUUGGAGGAGAAAAAAGCUACAGUGGCGCGUUUAGAAGCCAAAUUAGCAGAAUUAAAUGAAGCUCUAGAAGAAGCUAAUAUAAAAAAGAAAGCUUUAGAAGACGAAGUGCAGCUAUGUAUUGAUAAAUUAUUUAGAGCCGAGAAAUUAAUAGGAGGUCUUGGAGGAGAAAGAGUGCGUUGGACCGCUGCAGCUGAAAAUCUUCAAAAGUUGUAUGAUAACUUAGCAGGUGAUAUGUUAGUUUCAUGUGGUAUUAUUGCAUACUUAUCGCCAUAUACUUUACCAGUACGCGUACAUAUGAUUGACAAGUGGCGCGAUCUUGUUAUUAAGCUGAAUAUGCCACACUCUGAACAGUUUGUUUUUAAAGAUGUUUUAGGCACGGAUAUAAAAAUACAAAAUUGGUGCAUCGCUGGAUUACCAAGAGAUUCCUUUUCUAUUGAUAAUGCCAUAAUGCAAGAUAACUCUAUGCGAUGGUCCUUAUUGGUUGAUCCGCAAGGUCAAGCUAAUAAAUGGAUUAAAACUAUGGAAAAGUCAAACGAUUUACAAGUUAUGAAAUUUACGGAUGGGAACUAUAUGAAAAUAAUUGAAACGUGCUUAGAAUACGGUAAACCAGCACUCAUUGAUUGCAUAUUGGAAGACGUUGAAGCCCCAUUAGAUCCUGUUCUUAUGAAAAAUACUUACAUGCAAGCGGGGAAAGAAUAUAUUGCACUUGGUGAUAACGUCAUCGAAUACCAUCCAAAUUUUAGAUUGUACAUGACGACAAAGUUAAGAAAUCCACAUUAUUUGCCCGAGGUAUUCAAUAAAGUAACACUUAUUAAUUUUGCUUUAACAAAAGAUGGUUUGGAAGAUCAAUUAUUAGGAAUCGUUGUUGCAAAAGAAAGACCAGACUUGCAAGAAAAGAGAGAGAAGUUAAUAGUGCAAGGAGCAGCAAAUCGUGCUGCACUUAAGCAAGUAGAAGAUGAUAUCUUGCGUACUUUACAAGAAUCUAAAGGUGAUAUUUUAGAAGACGAAUCUGCAAUUGAAGUUUUGGAUUCGUCAAAAAUUUUAGCUAUAGAUAUUAUGAAAAAGCAGGAAGCUAGUUUGGAAACAGAAAUUAUUAUUGAGAAGUUUAGGCAGGGUUACAGGCCAAUCGCUUCUCAUUCAGCUGUAUUGUAUUAUUGUGUCACAGAAUUACCAAACGUUGACCCUAUGUAUCAAUAUUCACUUACAUGGUUUAUUAACUUGUACAUUCUAUCCAUAGAGAAUGCAAAUAAGUCUAAGGACUUGGAAAAGAGACUUAAGUUUCUAAAAGAUACGUUUACUUACAAUUUGUACAGUAAUGUCUGCAGGUCUCUAUUUGAUAAAGACAAACUAAUGUUUUCGUUUAUAAUGUGUUCAAAAAUGAUGUUGUCUACAGGUGAGAUGAAUCAUGAAGAGUACAUAUUUCUUAUUACCGGUGGUAUAGCUAUCGAAAAUCCCCAUAAAAAGCCUUAUGAAUGGAUACCUGAUAAAAGUUGGGAUGAGAUCUGUAGGCUUGACGAUUUAAACAGUUUUGUGGGUUUUAAAAAUGAUUUUGUAAAUAAAAACAAGCCAUGGAAAGACAUAUAUGACGAUUUGGAACCGCAGCACAAACCUUUGCCUGGCGAGUGGAAUACUAAACUAAGUCACUUUCAAAAGUUAUUAAUCUUUAGAGUGUUGCGACCAGAUAAAUUGACAAUUGCCCUUUCAGAAUUUGUAGAAAAACAAAUGGGUGUAAAAUAUAUAACACCGCCACCAUUUGAUAUCAGUAAAUCUUUCGGGGACUCAAAUUGCUUAGCACCACUGAUUUUUAUUUUAUCUCCUGGCUCUGACCCUAUGGGUGCUCUUAUUAAAUAUUGUGAAAAAAUGGGAUAUGCUAAUCGUUUCAGUUCUAUCUCGUUAGGUCAAGGGCAAGGUCCGAUUGCUAGGGCUAUGAUAGAAAGGGCACAGCUGGAAGGUGGUUGGGUUUGUUUACAGAAUUGUCACUUGGCAGUUUCUUGGCUACCAGUUCUAGAGAAAAUUACUGAAGGCUUGGAUCUUACUAAUACUGACUUAAGUUUUAGAUUAUGGCUGACUAGUUACCCCUCUGAUAAAUUUCCUCAAUCAGUUUUACAGGUAGCCGUUAAAAUGACCAACGAGCCACCGACUGGCUUACAACAUAACUUAAAUAGAUCCUAUUUAUCCGAACCAUUAAAAGAGCCUGAAUUUUUUGAAGGUUGUCCAGGCAAAGACAAGCCAUUUAGUAAGCUACUAUAUGGAAUAAGUUUUUUCCAUGCAGUUGUUCAAGAAAGAAAAAAGUUUGGUCCUCUAGGAUGGAAUAUUCAGUAUGGAUUUAAUGAUUCAGAUUUUCAUAUAUCUGUAAUGCAACUGCAAAUGUUCUUGAACCAAUAUGAGGAAAUACAAUAUGUAGCCAUUAAAUAUUUAACUGGAGAAUGCAAUUAUGGAGGUCGAGUAACAGACGAUUGGGAUAGGCGAUUGAUAGUUACGAUCUUGGAUAAUUAUGUUAAUGCUGAUGUGGUUACUGAUCCAAAUUUCUUGUUCUGUGAUAUUGGUCCACAAUAUGGACUUCCCAGAAGAUGUGAAUAUCAGGAUUAUCUAAAGCAUAUUGAGUCAGUUCCAGUCAACCCACCUCCAGAAGUCUUUGGACUGCAUAUGAAUGCUGGAAUAACUCGUGAUUACUCUAUAUCAAUGGCGCUUACAUCUGCCUUGGUUUUGGUUGAAGGAGCAGGAAGUGGCGGUGAAGGCGGUAACACUGAACAUAUUCUAAUGCAAAUGGCUUCUGAAAUAAUUUCAAAGCUGCCCCAUCCAUUCGACGUUGAAAUAGCUCAAAAAAGCUAUCCUGUCGACUAUAACGAAUCAAUGAAUACAGUUCUUAUUCAGGAGAUGGAACGUUUUAAUAAGCUGUUGAGGGAAAUAAGGUCCUCACUCUUAGAUUUGCAAAGGGCAGUAAAGGGUCUUAUUGUUAUGUCGCCAGCGCUAGACAGUCAAGCAAAUGCAAUGUUACUAGGUCAUAUUCCAGCUAAUUGGGCUAAAGUUUCAUAUCCAAGCCUAAAACCGUUGCCGAGCUAUAUUUCUGAUUUUAUAGAAAGGCUUGAAAUGCUAGAAAAUUGGUACCAAAAUGGGAAACCUCCAACAUUUUGGCUAUCAGGUUUCUAUUUUACGCAGGCCUUUCUGACAGGAUCUGUACAAAAUUACGCUAGAGCAAAAAAGAUACCAAUUGAUUUGCUUGUAUUUGAUUUCGACGUUCGAAAAGUUGACUACGAAACGGCACCACCGGAGUGGGGUGUUUACGUGCAAGGACUUUUUAUGGAUGGAGGACGAUGGGACCGCACCAAGCAUUCAAUCGGAGAACAACAUCCGAAAAUACUUAAUGAUAAUAUGCCUGUCAUUUGGCUCUAUCCGAAAUUAAAGGCUGAAUUCAAAGAGGAAUCUAGGUAUAAAUGCCCAUUGUAUAAGACGUUAGAAAGGAAGGGCGUUCUGGCAACCACCGGGCAUUCAUCUAACUUUGUUCUAGCCUUUUAUUUGCCCUCGGAUAAGCCUGGAGCACACUGGAUCAAACGGAGUGUAGCAUUAUUACUACAGCUCGAUAACUGAUUUAAUAAUCUCAAAGGAUCUCAAUGUUUAGUUCUUCUACGUCCUGAUCGAUGUAAGCUCCUUGUUAUCGUUUGUCUAUUUCAAUAAUUGUAUAGCUUUGUACUUUUUGUAUUGUGUAUUGUAUCCAGUUUUAAUGUUAAAUAGUCUACAUUCAAUAGUAUUUAAAUAAUUGUUUUGGAUAUUUUUCGUUAUUAUAUUUACAAAGGUAGUUUUGUAUUGUUAUUUUAUCGAAUCAAGACUAAAUAUUUCUAAACUACAUCUGUUUACUUAAUUAAAAACAGAUUUCUUGUUCAUUCGUAUAUUUUAUAUUAGGUACACAAUUUUUUUAAUUAUAUAGUGAUUUGGUGAGUGUGUACCAUUUGGUUUGACGAAUUCUAAUCAUUUCCGUUUUCCUAAUUCCUGCUUUCGUUGAGUGUGUUAUUCAGGUGAUACAUUAAGGUCUUUUAGAAUAUAGAGGAAUAAUACCUACAGCAGAAUGUGGAUGAAUAAACUAUCAUAUUAUAUUAUUAAGUAAUUCAGACUUUCAUGGCAGACACAUGAUGGACACACGCGAAGUCAAUGAUUUGUACCUACUAUUUCUAUUUUGAGAUUUUAUUUGGAGAUGU